GCUUUCAAAAAGAAGAAACGAAGAGGCUUCACUUUGUGCUUUUUCCAGGAAGCAAACCUAAAAUGGGGACACAACGACGAUGCGUGUAUUAUUGUAGCAUUUAUCAACACCAAAUAUUCAACGGUAAUGAGUGAAGUUACACAAUCAAUUGGUGUUGCGUGUAAGUUCUUUGCUGUGUCGCAGUUGUUGACUGACGCGCAGCAAAAGCAACCAAGAGAGUGAGCUCGUGUCACAGCACAGACGAUCUGUGUGGAAUAUGCGCCGUGUGGCAUAUUGGACUAGCGGAGAAGCCAAGCUGUAGGAUGGGGAAGAAACAGAAGAAAUGUGGAGAGGACAGCUCGAAAGAUGAUGACAUUGAUACUCUGGCGGCAGAAAUUGAAGGAGCUGGAGCCUUAAAGGAGUCAAAAGGAAAGAAGAAGAAGAAGGGAGUGAAAAAGGAGGAUUUUGAUGAGGAUGACAUCCUUAAGGAGCUGGAAGAAUUGUCCCUGGAGACUAGGGGUGUAACGACAAAUGAUGUGGAAGUGAAAGAUGAGAACGUGGAGCCUCCCAAAGCAGAGAAGAAAAAGACCAGAAAGGGCAAGAAGCAGAGUGUCAGCCCUGAGGAAGAUGAAGACAAUGAAAGAGCAGCUGAGGAGGAGAAGAACGGACAUCAGGUGGCACCUGAGGGGCCGUCCGAGUCUGAUGAAGAGAGCAGCUCACAUUCUCGUCUCAAGAACAAAGGAGGUCAAAAGGAAGACAUAGGGCCUUUAGACUCUGAAGACGAAGGUGAGAUUGGAAAAGAGGGAGCGUGUGAAUCUGAGGACGAUGAGGAGUUCAUGUCCCGGAAAGACAAGAAGAAGAACAACAAAAGUAAAGCUACAAAAAGUGAUGAUGAGGAUGAGCAGGUGGAAGAUGGAGGCUCUAAGAUGAAAACUGCAGCACAGAAGAAGGCGGAGAAGAAGGAAAGAGAUAAAAAGAAAAAGGAGGAGGAUAGAAUGAAGCAAAAGAAGCUGAAGGAGAAGGAAGUCAAAGAACCAGAGAAGACUUUAGAGGCCCCAGCUCCUGAAGUACUUCCAGCUGCAGCAGCAGUGGAUGAACAGGAGGCCAUGGAUCCAGUCGCAGAGGACGAGGGUGACAAGAAGAAGAAGGAUAAGAAGAAGAAAAAAGGAGAGAAGGAAGAGAAGGAGAAAAAAAAGGGGCCAAGCAAGGCAGCAGUGAAGGCUAUGCAGGAAGCUCUGGCCAAGAUGAAGGAGGAAGAGGAGCGCGCCAAGAGAGAGGAGGAAGAGCGAAUCAGAAGGCUUGAAGAGCUAGAACAACAGAGGCUGGAGGAGGAGCGUCUUGAACAGGAGCGCAAGGAAAAGAAGAAACUAAAAGAAAAGGAGCGGAAGGACCGUCUAAAGAAGGAGGGGAAACCUAUGACUAAAGCCCAGAAGGAGGCCCGAGCUCGGGCCGAAGCCACACUCAAACUACUGCAGGCUCAAGGUGUGGAGGUGCCGUCCAAAGAAUCUCUGCCAAAAAAGAAACCAGUUUAUGCAGACAAGAAGAAAAAAAAGCAAGUUGCCCAAACAUCAGAAGUGUCAGAGGUGACCUUGCCAGCAUCAGAGACACUAGAACCUGUUGCUACAGAAACAGAGGCAGUGGCGCCGCCGGUACCCGAGCCAGAUGUUAGGCCUGAUGCUGCCGUAGACGACUGGGAGGCCAUUGCCAGCGAUGAGGAGAAAGAGUUAAAGAAAGUCCACAUUGUGGUAAAGGAAGAGCCUGUUGGUCCACCUCAGCUCACAGCCAGUGAAGAGGACGAGGAGGACGAGGAUGAGGACGAGGACGACGAUGAGGAUGAGGAUGAGGAGGAAGAAAGCGAGGAAGCCCCGGUGGAGGAUGUGCAGGAUAGAAAUGAGGCGGUGACAGGUCAGGGUAAGAAGGGGUCGGUAAAGGAGAGUGAAGAUGAAAGCAGCGAAAGUGAGGAUGAUUGCAUGACAAAGGAGGAGCGUCUGUACGACCGAGCCAAGAGAAGGAUUGAGAAAAGAAGAGCAGAGAACCUGAAAAACACCGACUUGGACAGCCUGAGAUCCCCUGUUGUAUGUGUGCUUGGACAUGUGGACACUGGAAAAACCAAGAUCCUGGAUAAGUUGCGACACACACACGUUCAAGAUGGCGAGGCAGGAGGAAUCACACAGCAGAUCGGAGCUACAAAUGUGCCCAAAGAGACAAUUGAGGACCAGACCAAGAUGGUGAAAAAUUUUGACAGAGAGACGAUAAAGAUUCCUGGGAUGUUGAUCAUUGACACACCAGGACACGAAUCCUUUGGAAAUCUGAGGAACCGGGGUAGUUCUCUGUGUGACAUUGCCAUCCUGGUGGUGGACAUCAUGCAUGGUUUGGAGCCACAGACUAUUGAAUCCAUCAAUCUGCUAAAGGAGAAGAAGUGUCCCUUCAUUGUUGCCCUCAACAAGAUUGACCGUCUGUACGACUGGAAAAAGAGUCCUGAGACAGAUGUUUUUGCGACGCUGAAGAAGCAGAAGAAAAACACCAAGGAUGAGUUUGACGAGAGGUCAAAGGCCAUCAUCGUGGAGUUUGCACAGCAGGGUCUCAAUGCUGCCCUUUUCUACGACAACAAGGAUGCUCGCACUUUUGUUUCGUUGGUUCCCACGUCGGCUCACAGUGGCGACGGAAUCGGAAAUCUCAUCGCACUCCUUGUUGAGCUCACUCAGACCAUGUUGGCCCGCCGGCUAGCGUGUUGCCAAGAGCUUCGAGCUCAAGUCAUGGAGGUCAAAGCUUUGCCUGGCAUGGGCACCACCAUAGAUGUUAUCCUGAUCAACGGAUGCCUACGAGAAGGUGAGACCAUCAUUGUCCCUGGAGUAGAAGGACCAAUCAUCACUCAGAUCCGUGGACUGCUGCUUCCGCCUCCUCUGAAGGAGCUCCGAGUUAAGAACCAAUAUGAGAAGCACAAAGAGGUGUCCACAGCUCAGGGUGUUAAGAUUCUGGGUAAAGACCUGGAAAAGGCAUUGGCAGGACUCCCUCUCCUGGUAGCACACAGAGAUGAUGAAAUACCUGUGCUGAGGGAUGAUCUUAUUCAUGAGCUCAAACAAACUCUGAGCUGCAUCAAGUUAGAGGAGAAAGGAGUUUAUGUGCAGGCAUCUACACUGGGAUCACUGGAGGCUCUGCUUGAGUUUCUGCGCACAUCCAAAGUACCCUACGCUGGCAUCAACAUUGGUCCAGUCCACAAGAAAGAUGUGAUGAAGGCGUCCACCAUGCUGGAGCAUGAUCCACAGUACGCUACAAUUCUGGCAUUCGAUGUGAAAGUGGAGAGGGAUAGCCAGGAAAUGGCUGACAGCCUUGGUGUCCGCAUCUUCUCGGCUGAAAUAAUCUACCAUCUUUUUGAUGCUUUUACCAAAUACCGUGACGACUACAAGAAAGCUAAGCAGGAAGAGUUCAAGCAUGUGGCCGUGUUUCCUGCAAAGUUGCGCAUUCUUCCUCAGUUCAUCUUCAAUUCCAGAGACCCAAUCGUAAUGGGUGUGUCUAUAGAAGCUGGUGUUCUACGGCAAGGGACACCACUGUGCGUUCCCAGUAAAGGGUUUGUAGACAUUGGUGUGGUCACCAGCAUCGAGAUCAACCAUAAGACAGUCGAUAGCGCCAAAAAAGGUCAGGAGCUCUGCAUCAAGAUAGAACCCAUUCCUGGAGAGUCGCCCAAGAUGUAUGGUCGCCAUUUUGAGGCCACCGACAUUUUAGUCAGCAAGAUCACACGAGCGUCCAUUGACGCUCUGAAGAACUGGUUCCGAGACGAGAUGCAGAAGGCGGACUGGCAGCUAAUCAUGGAACUGAAGAAUACCUUUGAGAUCAUCUGAGCACAUAACUAGCAAGUUCCACCUUUCUCAUCAUGACAGAAAAGAGACUUUUCUGUGAGAACUCUCAUUAUUCCAACGUGCCUGUUCUUCUUCUUCUUCACUUCCCGGAUUCAUGGUUGCUGUUGCUACCUUAACACUCUGCCAGGGUGCAUCAUGGGACUACACACGGAAGCAGCAGCUCAUCAGUCUCAAAGACAACUCUUAGUUGAUAUUUUGCUGUGUGCUUUCUGCCAUGUUGGCGGGUGGGGGAAGUGUUUUACUGAUGGAAUAAAAUGUCGUGAAAGUUU